CUCGACCCCGUGCUGGACCAGGCCACUCCCGUGCCCCGGCCCUCGAGGCUGGGGAACAGGUGGAUGGAGUACCAGGGCGUCCGGAACUGGGACGGCCUCCUCGACCCGCUCGGAAACCUGCGGUGCGAGAUCCUCCGGUACGGCGGCUUCGUCGACGCCGCGUACCAGGCCUUCGACUUCGACCCUUCCUCUCCCACCUACGCCACGCGCCGCUUCUCCAAGAGCUCGCUGUUCGAGCGGUGUGGGUUGCCAGGCACCGGGUACCGCAUAACCCGGAACCUGACGGCGAGCUCCGGGAUUCAGCUACCGCGCUGGGCGGAGCGGGCGCCCGGCUGGAUGUCCACUCGGUCGAGCUGGAUCGGGUACGUCGCGGUGUGCCAGGACAAGGACGAGAUCGCCCGGCUGGGGCGGAGGGACAUUAUGAUCGCCUACCGGGGGACGGCGACGUGCCUCGAGUGGCUCGAGAACCUGCGCGCCACGCUUUCCCACGUCCCCGCGUCGGGCCCCGCCGACGCGGGCGCGUGCCCGCCGGUGGACGCGCCCAUGGUGCAGAGCGGGUUCCUGAGCUUGUACACGUCCCGCGCCGCGACAUGCCCGAGCCUGCAGGAGAUGGUGCGCGAGGAGAUCGCGCGGCUCCUGCGGACCUACGGCGACGAGCCGCUCAGCCUGACCAUCACCGGCCACAGCCUGGGCGCGGCCCUGGCGACGCUCACCGCGUACGACGUGAAGACGGCCUUCGGGCAGGCGGCGCCGCUCGUCACCGUCAUCUCCUUCGGCGGCCCGCGGGUGGGGAACCAGAGCUUCCGGUGCUGCCUCGAGGAGCAAGGGACCAAGGUCCUGCGCAUCGUCAACUCGGAUGACCUGAUAACCAAAGUGCCCGGGUUCGUCAUCGACGGGGCCGCCGGCGACGACGUGUCGAGCGACCAGGACGUCCCCGUGGUGGGCCUGCUGAGCUGGAUCCAGCGGCGCGUGGCGGACACACAGUGGGUGUACGCCGAGGUGGGGAUGGAGCUCCGGCUCAGCAGCAGGGACUCCCCCUACCUCAGGAUCAACGUCGCCACGUGUCACGACCUCAAGACCUACCUGCACCUGGUGAACGGCUUCGUCAGCUCGAACUGCCCGUUCCGAGCCACCGCGGAGAGGGUCUCGGCGGCCGCCGCUCUCGGGCGGAGAAAGUUGGGGCGUGAUCGUGAGUCCGACGGCUUCUCCGGCGAAGGGCGGGCCGGCGAUGGCUGGGUUUGUAAAUAG